ACGGUUUUCUAGAACAUACUGUGCUAAAGCAAAGCAACUUCCUGAAGCCUUCAUAGGGUGAACCGUUGAUGCUUACCGGAGGUACCAGCAUACGCCGAGGCGCAGAAUCUUGCCCGAAAUUGAAACGGAUUAUUAUGCUGGGAGUAGUAGCGUAGAUCAGUUCAUUACUGCAGUGCAUAGGUUUGCUUCGACUCGGUGGAAGCCAUGGCAUUUAACUUUGAUGCGCUCGGAGAGAAGUUCAAGAGUUUAUUUAAGUCGAAGGAAGAUGCAAAGUUCCAAGGUCAAGGCCAUCGACUUGGAUCUGCUCAGGAUCCAGCGGCGACAUCUGCAAUGGCCGGGCCAAGUCCCACAACUAUGCCCCAGCCGGCAGCAGCAUCCGUCCCUGCGGCCCAGCUGACACCAGUCACUGCUCCCACGUCUACCAAGCAACCUUCCCCCUCCCUCCCCCUCCCCCUCCCCCCCGCCCGCUGCGCGCCCUCCUCCCCGCGCCACCCCUCCGUGGUGCUGGACGCGGCGCUGCUGGCCAACACGCCCACAGGGCGGGAGGCGCACCUGCUGGCAGCGGUGAACGGAGCCGCCGCGCCGCAGCAGCAGCUGAGGCAGCAGCACCCGCAGCAGCAGCAGGCGCAGCGGACGGGGCAGGAGGCGGGGCAGCAGCAGCAGCAGCGGGCCGAGGGAAGGGUGGCUGGGGCAGCAGUGGAGCAGCAGCAGCGGGGCAAGCGGGGGCGGCUGGCGGGCGGCGGGAUUCACAUACCGGAGGAGGGGCCGGUCGCCUCCACGUUGAGCACCCCCACAGCGGCGGAGCGGCGGCUAGCGGGGGUACUGCAUGUGGGGGUGGUGCCCGGGGGGGCGGCGGCGGCAGCAGUCAGGCCCACACAUGCAACCGCUGCUGCUGCUCCUGCUGCUCCUGCUGCGGCCGUCACCGCAGCAGCAGAUGGAGCUGUUGCUGACGUGGAUAGUUCCCAGCUAUCUUACGAUAUGCAGUACUGGCUGAGCGUUAUACUCUCAACCACCACUACGUCAACGACAGCUGUAGCAGCACCGGUAGGGGCGGCAUCAGCCACACCAGCACCUGCGCUGCCAUGCCCCUCCUCCUCCUCCGAGCAACCAGGAGCACUGAGUGAGGGGCAUUCCGCUCCCACUGCUGCCGCCGCUGCUGAUUCCGCUUCCCCGCUUGACGCUGGAGAGCAGCAGCAGCUUCAGCAGCAGCAGCGGGAGGGACAACAGGAAACUGCGCCAGCAGCAGCCGGGGUGGCAGUGCCAUCACCGCCCCCCUGCCCCCCCUGCCCCUCCUCCUCCUCCUCCUCCUCCUCCUCCACCUCGGGACUGGCGUGUCUAGAGGCGCUGCAGCGGGUGCUGGCAAACGUGGUGGCGCACCCGCAGGAGCCCAAGUACAGGCAGAUACGGCUGUCCAACCCCCGGGUGCAAGCGACCCUUGGGUCGGUGCCGGGGGCCAUUGAGCUCCUGGGGACGGCAGGCUUCCAGCUGCACUUCCCGCCCGACCACGGCAGUGGAUCGGCAGAGCAGGGGUUCCUGGUGUUGCCUGAUGAGGCCCCCCUGGCGCCCCUGCAGGCCGCCCUGACGCUGCUGGCAGAGGUACUGACGACGCACUUUGCUGCGGCUGCGGUGGGGGGUGGGGGUGGGGGUGGCCCGGUGGGGGGUGGGGGUGGGGUGCAGCAGCACUCGCUGGCUGGCGGGGCCAGCAGCGGCAGCGCCACCGGUACCGCAGCGGGUGGGACUGCUGCUACGGGUGCCGCCACUGCUACCGCCGCUGCCUGCGCUCCGGCUGCUGCUGCUGCCGGCGUGGCAGCGGUCCCCGAGGUGGAGCGGUGCACGCAGGUGCUGCUGCCUGCUACUCCCGACACCGAGGUUCCCGAGUGGUUCUUCGAGCGCACCGCUGCGGAGCUCAAGUCGCAGUGGGCCGCACUGCAGCGCCGCCGGCAGCAGCAGCAGACGCUGGCGACACGGGCCAUGCGGGAGCGCAGGGAGCAGGAGGGGGGCCGGCAGCAGCAGCAGGAGGGGCGGGAGGGGCAGGGGGAGGAGGAGGAGGGGGGCGGGCGGGUGCCUGCGGGGGUGGCGAGAGUGCGAGUGCGCUUCCCGGAGGGUGUGUGUCUGCAGGGCCACUUCGGCGCCUCCGAGCCCGUCAGCCGCAUCUUCCACUGGGUAGCCGCCUCGCUGCGGCACCCCGCCAUGACCUUCGACCUGAUUCAACCCAACCGCAAGCCGCUGCAGUUGGUUACAGCCGCCGCAACCACCGCUAGCACCGCCACCGCUACUAGGGGCUCAUUAGCAACCCCUGCGACGGCCAGGCUGGGCCAGGCUGGCGGCAGUAGCAGUGGCGCUGGUGUUAGCGGCAACAAGCAGCAGUUGCAGCAACCGUUAACGGUUCGUGGCGCGGACCUUAUGCCGUCGGUUUUGCUGAACCUGCGACCCGUGGGUCAGGAGGCGGCGGCGCUUGCGGCUGCCAACGUACCGCUUCUGAGUGACGAGAUGCUGCGAGCGACCCGCCCGCAAUAGGGAAAGAGGGUUGGGCGCAGGAGGCAGUCAGCGUCAGGGGAGAAUGCAGUGGUGGAGGGCGGGGUUGCAGUGAUGUGAGAGGGGGGUGCUGCGGAAUGGGAAGGAGAUGGGCAACGAGGAGUUGCGGGUUCGGACGAGUUGGAGAGGGAGUACAGGAUGAGCGCCAACAUACUGAGGAUUGUGUAUAACUUCAGCUGAAGGCUGGCUGUUGUCGCUCCGACUGGACAUCGGAGUUGAAAAGGGUCGCCGACAAGGGUCGUGUAGCGGCAAGUGCAUACUGGUGAUGCUGAGUAGGGCAGUCAGGUGGCCGAAGCAAGGGUAGUAGCGGUGUGGUGAGGAGUUUUGGUUUAGAAGCUUGGAAGCCUAACCGGUGUAGGUUAUGGAAGAAACAACUAGCACACCGCAGUUUGGUGGUAAGAUCACCCUGAUGAUCAGCGACCAGCCGUGUCAGAUGUGCAGUACCGGUGGGAGUGUUUGGGUGCGGCGGUGUGCGCCAUGUGCGCUGGAGCUGUGAGAGGCAUGGGUGCUGCAGCAACUGAGCAGUGCAGCUUAACUAGUGACGAUCAUCCGCAUCGGCUCACGAGAGAGGUGCACUGCGGCACGAGUGCGUACGUCGUGUCCGGGUGCUAUCCCCUAGGCAUGGGCGAUACGAACAUGUUUGGGCGAUGUUAGCCGCGUAGGUGCCGCAUUGCCGUGUAAGGCGCUGCGAAGCCCGUGUCCGCACGGAACAGGGGGCAGCGGGUCGUGACUUGUGCCGGCGGGAGUGGAGGUUGGACC